AGGAAGCGGAUGUUGUUGACGUUCUCAUCGGCGACGGCAUCCGGUUUUGAAAGCUGGCUAGCUUGGCGAAACAGCAGCUUACGGCGAAAUUAUUCACUUUAUACCCCGAAGAAAAGAAAGUAAAGUCAUGUCAGGUCCGCUGCUCAACAAUGGACGCGGCUUUCGUCGAUUUGUCUCGAGUUCCCGGUCUGUUCGUGGACACCAGCUCGGCUAGUUAGCACAGCGGGCUAACUAACUGAUUAAACCCUGACAAGUGCCCGACUCCUUGUCUUACUGGGUGACGGGGUAAAACUGUCAAGAGGAGGAAAUAAUUAACUUGAUAUCUAAAAAGCUUUGCUGUAGCAACACCAAACUGAGAACAAGGAGCUGGUAUGAACGGGAGCUUCCAAGGACUGUUGAAUUUUGGUUUAGUUGACUGUAGAUUAUGUGGGGUAAGAAAAUAAUCUGAGGAGUGGGAUUGUGAACAGUGAUGACAAAUAAGACAGGAACUGUUAACACGGCGUUGCCUGCUUUGGUUUACUACUUGUCUUGAGGAUGACAGUGUGUUUUGAUAACCUAAAAAGCUUGACGUUGCCCUGAUCACUGUUCCGUGAAGACCGCACUUAGAAAAUACAGUGUUGUUACUUGUAACAUGUAGAUUCUAUCUCAACGUGUCACACGUCCUGUUAGCACUCACAGUAGGUCCGGGUGACAGCUUGGUAAAGUAAACAGGUGUGACAAAACAACCAGACUUGGAACAAAUUUGCACUACAGCUAAUCUUUGAUGCGUCUCUAUCAGUUACACCCAGAUAUCCAUUUACUUGAAAUAACAUUCCUAAAAAAAAAAGACAAAGAUAGAAAGCCGAGAAAGACAGAUGGAGUUUAAGUGGCCAAAUGUGAGUAACAAAGUAGGAUUGUUUGGUGAUAUUAUUUGUAACUACUGUUGAUGAGAUUUAAUAUGAAUGGGAUGGUGUAGAUCUAUGUUUCUCCAGUGUUUGUGGUAUUUGUUACUGUUUGGUUAGGGCCAGUGGUAAUGACUAGAUAUUCACUCAGUGACUGUUUGAGAGCCAAGCUGUAGUUGUAUGCUCAUUGCUGUGAUCUUGCCCAUCUGCCACGAUGCCGUCCUGUACUGUUCUUACUGAUGCUGUCUGGAGCGUUAUGCAGCCUCGGACAGGCAAUGUCAAGGGAGGAGAAGCAGAGGUUGAGGAACCAAGUGAUUGAGAUGUUUGACCAUGCAUAUCAGAAUUACAUGGACCAUGCAUACCCAGCAGAUGAACUGAUGCCUCUGACGUGCAGAGGAAGAGUACGUGGGCUCGAACCCAGUCGAGGUGACAUAGACGACGCUCUGGGAAAGUUCUCUCUCACCCUCAUAGAUACUCUGGAUACUCUGGUGCUUUUGAAUAAAACAACUGAGUUUGAGGCUGCAGUGAGGAGAGUCCUGUCAGAUGUGAGGCUGGACAAUGACAUUGUAGUGUCUGUCUUUGAAACCAACAUUCGAGUCCUUGGAGGUCUGUUAGGAGGGCACUCCAUGGCUGUGAUGCUGAAGGAGGGAGGUCAGCACAUGCAGUGGUACCAGGAUGAGCUCCUGCACAUGGCCAAAGAUCUGGGACUCCGACUUCUGCCAGCGUUCAACACCAGCAGUGGCCUGCCUUAUCCCCGGGUGAACUUGAAAUAUGGUGUCAGGGGUCCUGAGACAAGAACAGGCACGGAAACGGACACCUGUACCGCAUGUGCAGGAACCAUCAUCCUAGAGUUCGCUGCCUUAAGUCGCUUCACUGGGGAUCCUGUGUUUGAGGCCCAUGCCCGGAGAGCCCUGGACUUUCUGUGGGAGAAGAGACAGAGGAACAGCAAUCUGGUGGGGACCACCAUCAACAUCCACUCUGGAGAGUGGGUCCGAAGAGACAGCGGAGUCGGAGCGGGAAUUGACUCGUACUAUGAAUACCUACUAAAGGCCUACAUCCUCUUGGGAGAUGACCUGUUUCUUCAGCGGUUCAAUAUUCACUAUGCAUCUAUAAUGAAAUACAUUAGUCAGCCUCCUCUGCUGCUGGAUGUCCACAUCCACAAACCUCUGCUACCUGCUCGCACCUGGAUGGACUCUCUGCUGGCCUUCUUCCCUGGACUGCAGGUGUUGAAAGGAGAUAUCCGUCCUGCCAUCGAGACUCAUGAGAUGUUGUACCAAGUUACCAAGAAACACAACUUCCUCCCGGAGGCCUUCACUACUGAUUUCAGGGUACACUGGGCCCAACAUCCCCUGAGGCCUGAGUUUGCAGAGAGCACCUAUUUCCUUUACAAGGCCACAGGAGACCCUUACUACCUGGAGGCAGGUCGCACCAUCCUGGACAACCUCAAUCGCUUUGCUCGUGUGCCCUGCGGCUUCGCUGCAAUGAAGGACGUGCGCACUGGGAGCCACGAGGACCGAAUGGAUUCAUUCUUCCUCGCUGAGAUGUUCAAGUACCUGUUCCUGCUGUUUGCUGAAACAGAGGACUUACCGUUUGAUGUGGAGGACUAUGUCUUCACAACCGAGGCACACCUGCUGCCUCUGUCCCUCUCUGCAGUCCCUCAUUCUUCAUCUGUUUCAUCAAACAGAACGUCAGAGGAGGAGCUGGAUGACUCUAACUUUGAUUGGACCUGCCCAAACACCCGCCUCCUGUUCCCUGACCCCGCCUUUCCCCGUAACCUGAGAGAGCCGAUCCGUAGUGCUGUGGACAAGAGCUGCCCCCGUCCUGCUCCUUACCGGGAGCCCGGUAUGGGUCGUCCUCCGCUGAGGGCUCAGGACUUUAUGGCAAACAACCCUGAACAUCUGGAGCUUCUCAGGAGGAUGGGGGUCAGUCUCAUCCACCUGAAAGAUGGCAGGGUGCAGCUGGUCCAACAUGCUACACAGGCGGUGAGUGCGGUAGCAGCAGAGGACGGUGUGCGCUUCAUGCAGGAGAUGAUGGAAUUGUCCAGCCAGCAGCAAAAAGAGCAGCUGCCUCCCAGAGCCAUUCAGAUUGUCUCACAUCCGUUCUUCGGCAGGGUUGUGCUGACCGCCGGCCCAGCGCAGUUUGGCACAGACCUGUCCAAGAGUUCCACAGGGGUACGAGGCUUUGUGACUGUGGCUGAACCCUACAGUGGCUGUGCUGAGAUCACCAAUGCAGAGUACGUGCAGGGCCACAUCGCUCUUCUCCAGAGGGGUCAGUGCAUGUUUGCAGAGAAGGCCCGACACAUCCAGAAAGCUGGCGCCAUUGGAGGCAUAGUCAUCGACGACAAUGAGGGCAGCAGCAGUGACACGGCUCCCCUGUUUCAGAUGGCCGGGGACGGCCGCAACACGGAUGACAUCACCUUGCCUCUCCUCUUCCUCUUCCACAAGGAGGGCAACAUCCUGUUGGAGGCGCUGAAGGAGUACCGGGAGGUGGAGGUGCUGCUGAGCGACAAAGCCAGAGACAGAGCAGCCAUAUUCAAAGGUAAACCUCUUCCUGGCAGCCUAAUUGAGGGCAGUGUGGAUGUACAAGAAGCGGAGGAGGACUGCUUAACCGGGGCAACAACCCCCACCUCAUUUGAACCUACCACCCAAUCGCAAAUGAGCACCGUAGAGCUAGAUGAGUCUGUUUCAGAGGAGGUUACACCAUCACAGGAGGAAGUCAGUCCUGUAGAUGAAGAAACCAGUCCUGCAGAGGAAGUCAGUUCAAUGGAGGUGGAAGCUAGCCCUACAGAGGUGGAGGCCGACUCGGCUCAGCCCAGAGAGGAGAGAGACUCUGACAGGAGAGAGGAGCCUGAGGGCGACACGGACUCAGGCAGCCAGUCGGUGGACGAACUGCUGGCUGAUUGGCGGGAAGACUUGGAGGCUUUCCAGCAGAUGGAGAAAGAUGAGCUCUGACAGUCGUCUGGCAUGUCGUGCCCUGCGACCGCAGUUUGAUCCCACCAUUCGGGGAAGGAGCGCAUCGUCACACCAGCCUCAAUCUGUUGAACUCAGAAGGAAGCUGGGGAGAGGUCUUUAAUGACUGUUUCUUCUCUUGCCCUCUGUGGACGGUACCACGUGCCAAGGCAACCAACAUACUGUAUCUCUGGACCAUAAGGAAAUUGUUUUUAGCCUGGUAGAUAAUGGAUGAGAGACCAGGGUUCUUACCUCACUUUCUCAUGCACUUUCUGUUAAUCUGUCGUAACAAACCCUAACAAAUGACAUGGACCAGACUGUAUGUAACAGUGUCUCACUUUCUAGUCCAAAUUGCUCCUCACAUUGUUGUUCUCUAUGCAUUUCUGACUCCUUUUGCUCAAAUGAAUGCUGGUCCAACAACUACGUUCUGACUGAUUAAUACAUCGACCAAUUUUAUUUAAAUGUGAUGAUUAUUUGUGAUAAUACAUUUACUGUUUUCAUGGUCUUAGGCCUAAUCACAUGUACACAUUGAUGUGAGUGAAAGACUUAAUUCACGUGGGGAUCGGUGACAUCAAAUAAGCUGCAGGAUCUUUAAUGGCUUUAUGGUAUGACACACUCGAUACCAAAUGAAUCUCUCUGGAGGUAUAUGAAGUCAUCUGCCAGUGUAAAUAUGUAUUAGUCAGGAUGUAGGCCUAUUGACUGAAACAAUAUAGCGCUGUUUGCUCAGGUUCUGGCUCUCCUCACCAUCAACAACCUCUGGACCACAUCGGGUGGAGCAGACACACCCUCAGAGGCAUAGUGGGGUGAAUUACACGCCCACAGACCGCCACAGGAGGGCGCUAUAUGAUCUGUCUGUCAUGCUCUAGCUGCUGACUGACUCUAAAGGAGCAGAAAUAAGCCAAUAAAUGAACAUGAUGAAAUUAAAUAAAAAUUGAGAGGGAAAUGGGGGAA